AUGUAUUCCAACUCCAACUCAUUCCUCGGCGGCGCCGGCCUUCGCCCCGGCCAGCAGCAGCAGCAACCUCUGUAUGGCACCGCCUCGCCGUUCGGCCAUCAGCAGCAACAGCCGCAGCAGCAACAGCAACAGGGUCCAUUUGCGUCACAACCGACUGGCUUCGGCCAGGCACCCCUACAGUCACAGUACACAGGCUUUCCUGGCGUUCAGGCCCAAGCAACCGGCAUGCCUCAGCAGAUCCCCGGUCAGCUUCAGUCGCAGUACACCGGAUUCCCCGGUGCGGGCGGCUUUCAGUCGAGUGCUGCGCCGCCUAUGCCUUCGAUUCCGGCACAGUUCCAGCAACAGAACCAGCAGCAGCAGCCUCCACUUCCUUCGCUGCCACAACAGUCCUCGAGUCCCUUCUCCUCUGGACCGUCUCAAGGCCUUGCCCCCCCUGCCGUGCCGAUGAAGCCCCAGCCGACCGGCUUCCAGGAAAUGGCUGCUUCGUUCCAGACCGGCGGUGGUACCGCAGCCCGCGCAUCGGCUGCCCAGUCAGCUAAGCCCUCGUCGAAGAUCCCGAAUAUCCGCCUGUCCUUUAUCACAGCCCAAGACCAGGCCAAGUUCGAGACCCUGUUCAAGUCAGCAGUCGGCGACGGCCAGACCACGAUGAGUGGCGAGAAGGCGCGCGACUUGCUUCUGCGGUCGAGAUUAGAUGGCGACUCUUUGUCGCAGAUCUGGACUCUCGCCGAUACCACCCGCUCCGGACAGCUCCAUUUUCCCGAGUUUGCGCUCGCAAUGUACCUGUGCAACCUGAAGCUCACGGGCAAGACGCUUCCCUCGACUCUGCCGGCCAACAUCAAGAACGAGGUCUCGAGCAUGGUGGACAUUAUCAACUUCAGCAUUGAGGAUGACAGCGCCAACGGUGCACAGUCUGCGACCAACGCGCCCGACUUCUCUGGUCGCCAGACCACGGCUUCCCCGCCAGCUAUCCAGCACCCGCAACCGCAGGCUUCGAACUCGCAACUGCUCCAGGCGACGAUGACCGGCUUUCCCGGCCAGCAACAACAGCAGCAGGGCGGCUUCCUCAGCCAGCCGACAGGCUUCCAACCGCAGCCCACUGGUUUCCAGGGUCUCCAACAAAACCCCCAGGCCGCCGGGUACAACGGCCCUCGUCCUCCUAUGCCGCCAAUGCCCACUGGAUUUGGUGCUGCGGGCGGUGCUGGCAUGGCCGCGCCUUUGAACGCCCAACCGACCGGACGGCCUGGUCAGUGGGGUCUGGUCAACACUCCUUCGACGGGCCUACCGAACAUCGAUAUUCUCCAGGCACGGAUGAUGCCGCAGACUGGCCGCGAUCAGGGCAACACAGGAAACUUCACGACGGCCGGUCUACAGGGCAAUGCACAGAUUCCGUGGGCCAUCACGAAGGGUGAGAAGACCACCUACGAUGCCAUUUUCCGUGCUUGGGAUGGCAUGAACAAGGGUUUCAUCGCCGGUAGCCAGGCUAUUGAGAUCUUCGGCCAGAGCGGACUGGAAAAGCCCGACCUCGAACGUGUGUGGACCCUGGCUGAUCAUGGCAACAAGGGCCGUCUAAACCUGGAUGAGUUUGCGGUCGCCAUGCACUUGAUCUACCGGAAGCUCAACGGCUACCCUGUUCCCGCACGCCUGCCUGCAGAGCUCGUUCCUCCGUCGACCCGGAACUUCAGCGAGUCGCUCGACACGUUGAAGAAUCUGGUCAACCAGGAGUCUGACUAUCGCAAGAACUCGGGUGCUGCUCUGCUCCCCCAGAAGACGGGCGUAAGCUACUUAAAGAGCCACUCGUUCCGUGGCAGCGGUGAGGCCUUUGGGUCGAGCCGCAAAGACGGUACUGUGUUCAAGAACGAUGACGAGGCAGUCAGCUACAAGUCCAGCGCCCGCCGCAGACUUGGCGGUGGUAACGAGUCGCCUCGGCCCGACUCCCCGUCUUCGGUGACGUCCAACGACGACCUAACGCUGGAGCAGCUGCGCAAGAAGAUUCGUGAGAAACAGGUGGUCCUGGACGCUCUCGACUUUAGCGACGAGAAGAACGCUGAGGAAGAUGAGAUUCUCGACAGAAAGGACCGCCGCGAGGCCGACGAGCUUUACCGCCGCAUUAGACGUAUCCAAGAGGACAUUGACAGCCACCCGAACGCGUCUCUGGUCAGCACCAGUGGCAACUCGGAUGCCGAGCGUCGUACCCUGAAGCGCCAGCUCCAAACUUUCACCGACAAAAUUCCCAGCCUUGCGUCCCAGGUCCGCAAGACAGAAAAGGCCAUUUCCGACGCUCGCCUUGAGCUUUUCCGUAUCAAGGACGCCAAGGCGAACCCGAGCAAUGCAGAGCCUAUUGUCGGCACUGGCCCCGGCGGUGCCGUGACUGAGUCUGACCGUGUCAAGGCCCGCGCCAAGGCUAUGAUGCGCCAGCGCACCGCCGCUCUCCGGGGCGAGAAGGUCGAGGCCUCGGAUAACGGCGCAGAUGCCGCAAGACGUCUGGAGGAGGAGAGCUCCAAGAUCCGCAGCGAGAAAGAGAACAACGAGCGAAUGGUCCAGGACGUCGAAGACAGCGUCCGUGAGUUUGCCUCUGGCAUCGAGGAUAGUAUCAAGGACACGGGCAGCAACUCCACUUCGGAGCACGAGCGCCGUCGUUGGGAGGAUGCGCUUGGCGUGGAGGAUGAGGUCCGUGACUUUAUCUUUGACCUCCAGCGCUCCAGCCGCUCGAACCGCAUCCGCGCUCAGGACCGUCGCCAUGACGCGCUGACAGCGCCUGCAGAUGCCGGCCCGCACUCGGGCUCCCCUAGCACCUCUCGCGUCGAGAGCCCGGUAUCCAGCUCUAGAACGGCAACACCGACUGCGGGUGGCUCGUCCUACUCGGCCUACAAAACGCCUGAAGAGAGGGCCGCCUAUAUCAAGGAGCAGGCCGCCCAGCGCAUGCAGGAGCGACUUGCUGCUAUUGGUAUCAACCGCCGUGGCGAGUCGUCUGCGCAAAGGGCAGAGCGUGAGCGGACGGAGCGCGCAGAAAAGGCACGUCUGGCUGACGAGGAGACAGCCCGCCGAGAUGCCGAGCGCAAGGCCAGACUGGCCGAGGAGCAGGGCAUCCCACCACCGGCUGCUACUGCCGCUACUGCGGCUGCCGAGACAAAGAGUGCACCACCCCCGCCGGCCGUCCGCAAGGCACCCAAGGUGGAAGAGGAAGAGCGCCUGGAACAACAACAAGCCAAGACCAAGCAGAUUGAGACCAACGCUAAGGCGGAUGAAGACGAGCUGUCAACUGCCGAGCAGCGUCUCAAGGAGCUUGAGGAGCAAGUGCGGCUGGGCAAGAUCAAAAAGGAGGAGGAGAAGAAGAAGAAGAAGGCUGCCCUCGCCGAGGCGAAGGAGAAGGAGGCCAAACUCGCUGCACGCCGGGCCGAGAUCGACGCGGCCAAGAAGCGCGAGGAGGAGCUUCGGCGCCAACUGGAGUCGAUGGACGCCGAUUCAGACUCGUCCGACGACGACGAAGGUCCGCAGCAAAUCACGCCGCAGGCCUCGACGCCCACGCUUGCCAGCAGUCAAAUUAGCAACGACCGCGAGGUCGCACCUACGGCUGUCGUACCUCCCGUGCCAACGUCGAACGGCAACGCCACGUCACCUGAUGAGACCAAGGCCGAGAGCCGCAACCCGUACUUUAAGAUGCUGUCGCAGUCCUCUGAUAGCUCUUCUGUUACCGGCCCCGCUACGGUUGUAUCUCCGCCUGCGUCUACGGGUCCCGCAAGCGAUGCUUCGACCAAUCCCUUCCACCGCAUGACGGCCAAUCCCAUUGCGGCCGCCGCCCCUGCUGCCCUUCCUACGGGCCCGGUCUCUCGUAAGCGUGCUGACACGGACGAUGGCUGGGGCUCGGAUGCGAACGACGAUGAAGAGGAGGACUCGGACGACGACGAUCGGCCUGGCGGUAAGAGCGCUGCCGAGCUGGCGUCCCGCCUGUUUGGCAGCAUGGCGCCUCCUCGGCCGCUGUCAGCUGUGGGUGACAAAAACACGAGCGCCUCACCUGCGUCUGUGAGCUCACCCACUGUGCCUCCGCCACCUCCUGUGGCUGCGCCCGACGUGCCUCCUCCUGCACCUACUGCCGACGCGCCCGAAGCGCCUGUGUCUGGUGCGCCGGCAUUUGCCCCUCCUCCUCCCCCGAUUCCCAUCUUUGAAGCUCCGACAGCUCCCCCUCCGCCGCCGCCCCCGGCACCGUCAGCCGAUGCUCCGUCUGCUCCGCCUCCACCUCCACCCCCGCCACCACCGCCAGGCGGUGCACCAGGAGCCCCUCCUCCGCCUCCUCCCCCCCCACCGCCAGGCCCUCCUCCGCCGGCAGCAGGUGGUGGCGGGGUGGGUCAGCUCCCAGCUGCUUUCCUGAGCCAGGUCAAGACGGGCAUGGCUCUGAAGAAGACGGUGACUGUUGACAAGAGCGCGCCUAUGUCGGGCGGUCGCGUCCUGGACUAA